ACACAUGGAGAUGGAAAUGCUCAUCCGCAGUAACGCCUCGCAUAACAUCACACUACACAAUCUGCCCCAGGGACAAAGACCCACGAUGGGAAGGUACAUAACAUCACACUACACAAUCUGCCCCAGGGACAAAGACCCACGAUGGGAAGGUACAUAACAUCACACUACACAAUCUGCCCCAGGGACAAAGACCCACGAUGGGAAGGUACAUAACAUCACACUACACAAUCUGCCCCAGGGACAAAGACCCACGAUGGGAAGGUACAUAACAUCACACUACACAAUCUGCCCCAGGGACAAAGACCCACGAUGGGAAGGUACAUAACAUCACACUACACAAUCUGCCCCAGGGACAAAGACCCACGAUGGGAAGGUACAUAACAUCACACUACACAAUCUGCCCCAGGGACAAAGACCCACGAUGGGAAGGUACAUAACAUCACACUACACAAUCUGCCCCAGGGACAAAGACCCACGAUGGGAAGGUACAUAACAUCACACUACACAAUCUGCCCCAGGGACAAAGACCCACGAUGGGAAGGUACAUAACAUCACACUACACAAUCUGCCCCAGGGACAAAGACCCACGAUGGGAAGGUACAUAACAUCACACUACACAAUCUGCCCCAGGGACAAAGACCCACGAUGGGAAGGUACAUAACAUCACACUACACAAUCUGCCCCAGGGACAAAGACCCACGAUGGGAAGGUACAUAACAUCACACUACACAAUCUGCCCCAGGGACAAAGACCCACGAUGGGAAGGUACAUAACAUCACACUACACAAUCUGCCCCAGGGACAAAGACCCACGAUGGGAAGGUACAUAACAUCACACUACACAAUCUGCCCCAGGGACAAAGACCCACGAUGGGAAGGUGUGGAGAUGGAGCGGUUUGCCGACGAGGCUGAUGUAGUGAUAGUGGGCGGGGGUCCCGCAGGGCUGUCGGCAGCCAUCCGGCUGAAGCAGCUGGCCAACGAGCAGGAGAAGGAGCUGCGUGUCUGCCUGGUGGAGAAGGCCUCUCAGAUCGGCGCGCACACUCUCUCCGGGGCCUGCUUGGAGCCCAGCGCCCUCAACGAGCUCUUCCCAGACUGGAAGGAGAGAGGGGCACCCUUGAACACACCAGUGACAGAGGAUGUGUUUAGCCUUCUAACCAAGAAAUACAGAAUCCCCGUCCCAAUGUUGCCAGGUCUGCCCAUGAACAAUCAUGGGAACUACAUUGUGCGGCUGGGCCACUUUGUGCGUUGGUUGGGAGAGCAGGCUGAGGAGCUGGGAGUGGAGAUUUACCCCGGCUACGCUGCUGCUGAGGUUUUAUUUCAUGAUGAUGGAAGUGUGAAAGGAAUUGCCACCAAUGACGUGGGUAUCGCGAAGGAUGGUUCGCCAAAGGACGUGUUUGAGAGGGGGAUGGAACUCCAUGCUAAAGUGACACUGUUCGGAGAGGGCUGCCAUGGCCACUUGGCCAAGCAGCUCUACAGGCAGUUCAACCUUAGGGAGAACUGUGAACCACAGACCUACGCCAUUGGCCUAAAAGAGGUGUGGCUGAUUGAUGAGAAGAAGUGGAGACCGGGCAGAGUGGAGCAUUCAGUGGGCUGGCCGCUGAACAGGAACACGUACGGCGGCUCCUUCCUCUACCACCUGAACGAGGGCGAGCCACUGGUGGCCUUGGGCUUUGUGGUUGGGCUUGACUACACCAACCCGUACCUCAGCCCUUUCAGAGAGUUCCAGCGAUGGAAGCACCACCCCUUCAUUGCCAAGACCCUGGAGGGAGGGAACAGAAUCGCUUACGGAGCCAGGGCGCUCAAUGAGGGAGGCUAUCAGUGCCUACCUAAAGUGACAUUCCCUGGGGGUAUGCUUAUCGGAUGCAGUCCGGGCUUCAUGAACGUACCAAAGAUUAAAGGCACCCACACGGCCAUGAAGAGUGGCAUGCUGGCCGCAGAGGCCAUCUUCCCCAAAGUCACAGCCAAGGACCUAGCAUCUGAAACUGCAGGACUUCAUGUACCUGAAUAUGAGGACAAUUUAAAGAAGUCUUGGAUCUGGAAAGAGCUGUACUCAGUAAGGAACAUCAGGCCCUCGUUCCACAACUACUUUGGGCUGUACGGGGGCAUGGUCUACACCGGUGUCUUCUAUUGGAUACUCAGAGGGAAGGAGCCAUGGACACUGAAACAUGCAGGCCUGGACUCGGCCCAGCUGAAACCGGCUAAGGAGUGCACGGCCAUCGAGUACCCCAAGCCCGACGGCAAGCUGAGCUUCGACCUGCUCUCCUCGGUGGCUCUGAGUGGCACCAACCACGAGGGGGACCAGCCCCCCCACCUCACCCUGAAGGAUGACAGCAUCCCCGUGACCAACAACCUGGCCAUCUAUGAUGGGCCUGAGCAGCGCUUCUGUCCAGCAGGUGUAUAUGAGUACGUUCCACUCGAAACUGGAGAAGGUAUGAGGUUGCAGAUCAACGCUCAGAACUGCGUCCACUGCAAGACGUGCGACAUCAAGGACCCCAGCCAGAACAUCAACUGGGUGGUGCCCGAAGGCAGCGGAGGACCAGCCUACAACGGAAUGUGAUUUCCUUUUUCAUUCAGACAUAUCACGAGGCACCAAUUGUAGCAGAGGUCAGAAACCUCAAGUGUGGUGUCUGCAAAAACACAUUCAGGGCUUGCUGCCAAGACAGCUUUUAGAAUCUACUAUACUGUGUGCAUAGAUAUGGAACUGAAUGUCAACAUUGUAAAGUACGGGCAUUAAACAGUGACUUUGGUUCAUGUACGGUUUUCUGAAUGCAGCUAAAAAGUAUUUUAUAUAUUUGUAUGCCGUAAGCAGAAGAAGGAUCAAAAUCUCUUUGAAUCAGUGCCAAAAUUUAGGGUUAUUUCAUUAGCUAGUUGCAGGUGCCAUUAGCAACAACAGCAUGUGAUCUAUGAGAUACUGUACAUAAUGUCAUUAGUGGGUAGAAUGUAUGAGGGUGAAUAAAAUAUUUACUGUGCCUCGGUGUCUUACUCUAUACUUCUCUCAUUGAACGUACAGGUAGUAUUUAAUUGCAUUGUAUACAGGUGGAGUACGGACAUUUCUAGAAAUAGAGUCAACUAACUAACCACAUUUCAUCUUUAUGGCUUAUAUUAAACAUUCAGAAAUAUAAAUAAAGGGAUAUUACACUAGUUAUUCAGAGUAAACAUGACAGAAUAUGAAAUUAAUACAGUGAAAUACUCUUGACAAAAUGCUGACAGGUUUAUGCUUCCUCAACAACAAAAAAUGCUUACAUUUUGUUACGUAUCUAUACUUCAUUUUCAGCUACCCUUGUGUGCCACUCAUUAAACAGCCAAUAUGAUUAUACGGUCCUGGUUUUCAAUAUGGACCUGUAUUGGAGCUAGCUGCCUAAACGAAAUAACUAUUGGCAAGUGGACUUUAAGGAUAGGCUUAUAUCAAAUUAUUGUCCAAUACCUUCAUGCAAACAUUUUGGAAUAGAUUUGCUUCUCUUUCUCCUUUUCCUCCUUCACUUUUAUCUGGACUCUCUUCAUCUCGUUUCCGAUUGCUGUUAAAGGAUGCAAAAAGUAAAUUCACUUGGUCAGGCAAGGAAAACAACCGAUCAUGAUGAAACGAAAAAUCAACGGGGGUUUCUAAACAAGUUUAAUUUGAUAAAUAUACUGCUCUCACUAUUGACCAUGUAUUCUAUAGUUAGCCUUUGGGAUAUUGAAAGCAACACGUGAGGACAUUGAUUGUCACAAUAAAAAAGCAGUAAAAACCUUUA